CGCCGCCAAAUCCUUUAGAGGAGUUUGAUUCUCAAACCGUGACAGGAAGAAGCGCCAAAAGACAAUCUACCCUGGCCGGAAAUUUCAGGAAUGUUGAAGGUCAUGGGGAGGGGUGGAGUUUGUGUCAUGGCUGCCCUCUGACCAAAGGAGCAGCAAACUGAGCAAAAAUCAUCAAAUUCGGACCUUUAAAAAGACUCAUUUCAAACUGAAAACUUGUGUUGAAGUUGAACUUGUACCUGGCAAAGGAGUCCAAACAGGACUGCAAACAAGAGAGGCAUCAUGCCAGUGGGACAACAAGAAGCGGAGCAUGCUGUUGACGUACUGCAGAAGAUGCAGGAACAGCUGCGUGCUGGCGGGGACAGCAGUGUUGACCUUGCCUCCAUCAUCCACAUGCUGGACAGCCCGCUGUUCCGACAGAUCCUCAACAUUCAGGCUUCUGUUAAACAGCUCAAAAAACAGGUAAAUAAACAAACAAACAAACAUACAGGCCUCCGUCAAACAGUAGAGAACUCCCCUCCGUCUGCUGUACAAGACUUUGAGUUCUCCCCGACCGGUCACCUGGUGAUGGCCCCCAAGGGUAAGGCCAGCAACGGCACUACGGUGGUCGAAGUCAACGGACAGCCAGCGGAGGCAGUGGCUGUCCAUGGAGCCCCCUCCCUUAUGUCAGCUGCACCCCAGAUGGGAGAGGAGGACUUCCAGAGGGCCAUACAGGCAGCAGCUCAGGGCAGAGAAGUGGAGAACAUCAAGCUGUAUAAGCCUGAGACUGGAGGUCUGGGCUUCAGUGUGGUGGGACUGAGGAGUGAGAACAGGGGAGAGCUGGGCAUCUUUGUACAGGACAUCCAGCCUGGAGGGGUGGCGGACAGGGAUGGUCGACUGAAGGAAAGUGACCAGAUCCUGGCCAUUGACCAUCAGCUGCUGGAUGCCAGCAUCUCCCACCAGGAGGCCAUCUCCAUACUGCAGAAGGCACAUGGCAUCGUUGAGCUUGUCGUGGCGCGCGGCGGUAUUCCCGAACCGGACGCCUCCGACAGCAGGGGGCCUUCCAACCUGUCCGAACUCGCUGAGAAGCUCGGUGUGACACAGUGGUCGCACGUGGAGAUGAUCGAGCUUGUGAACGACGGCCGAGGUCUCGGCUUCGGGAUUAUCGGCGGGCAGACGAGGGGCAUCGAGGUCAAAACCAUUGUACCUCAAGGGGUGGCAGACAGGGAUGGCCGGUUGAAGCCAGCCGACCACAUCCUGCAGAUCGGAGACACUCCACUGAAGGGGAUGGGGAGUGAGCAGGUCGCUAAUGUGCUACGGCAGUCAGGCAGUCAUGUCAGACUUCUCAUAGCGCGUGGCAAGCUCAACAACACACAGGCCGCACCUGCAGCUACAAGUGUUAAACAGGCAGAAGAGGUGGAGAGCGCACCGAGUGCAGAGAUAGAACAGUUUGAAGCAGAACUCACGAAGGACAGCCAGGGACUGGGCAUCACCAUAGCUGGAUAUGUGGGUGAGAAGUCCUCGGAAGAACUGUCGGGAAUCUUUGUGAAGAGCAUCGCGCCGGGAAGUGCAGCAGACAGGGACGGCAGGAUAAGGGUUAAUGACCAGAUCGUGGAGGUUGAUGGCCGUAGCCUGCAGGGUUUCUCUAACCAGCAGGCAGUGGAAGUCCUACGCAGCACAGGGCAGGUGGUUCAGCUCAAGCUGGCUCGCUACAAGGACGGGCCCAAGUUCCUACAGCCUUCAGAACGGGGCUCCACCCCUUCACCGUCGGCCUCUCCAGCCAUCACCCCCUCCCCCGCGCCUGACCUGUCGGAGACCCCCUCCCUGGAGCAGGCCCCCCCUCCCUACCCCUACCUUGGGGAGGAGAUGCCCUCCCCCAUCCCCCGGGACGAGUCCCCUGCCCUGGGGUACCCGAAGGAGGGCCAGGUCAACCUGGAGGACAUUCAGCUCUUCACCGAUGCUAGUUAUGACCUCACACCAGAGGCUGAAGAAGGCAUCAAGCAGUACUGGCAGGACCAGGCAGGAGAAGACAUGGAGAUCGUUGUAGCGCACAUCUCCAAGUUCCUAUCUCUGACUGUAAUACAGAUGACUGUUUCCGUAAUAUUACUGUCAGUUAAAAUACUUUUACAAUACAUGUACCUCACACCAGAAGCUGAAGAAGGCAUCAAGCAGUACUGGCAGGACCAGGCAGGAGAAGACAUGGAGAUUGUUGUGGCACACAUCUCCAAGUUCCUCUCUCUAGACCUCACACCAGAAGCUGAAGAAGGCAUCAAACAGUACUGGCAGGACCAGGCAGGGGAAGACAUGGAGAUCGUUGUGGCGCACAUCUCCAAGUUCCGUGAGGGCGGAGGCCUGGGUAUCAGUCUGGAGGGUACCGUGGAUGUGGAGGAUGGACAAGAGGUCCGUCCGCAUCAUUACAUCAGGUCCAUCCUGCCUGAUGGACCAGUAGGAGUGGAUGGGAAACUGAAGGGUGGAGAUGAACUGUUAGAGGUAAAUGGUCACCAGUUGCUUGGUCUGGACCACAGAGAAGUGGUCGGCAUCCUGAAGGACCUCCCGACUAACGUGCGCAUCGUCUGCGGGCGCCGACCGGAGCCCGUAGAGCGCCCGCCGGACAUCCCCACCAUCCGCCCUCUGGAUGUGGAGGAGUUGAACAGCAAGAGGAUGUCUUUCACAGGGUCUCCUGAUGUGGGGAUGAUGGCUCGGGCCAGAUCUGAGGGGUCCAUUCCUCCAGCUGUGGAGUCUGAAUCCCCCUCCCUGGACAAGAGCAAGUCCCGUUCGCUGGAGCCCCUGAGUCAGCUGGCCAUGUGGAGUCCUGACAUACAGACUAUAGAACUGCCUAAGGGGGAGAAGGGACUGGGAUUCAGCAUUCUGGACUACCAGUGUGAGCUGGCCAUGUGGAGUCCUGACAUACAGACUAUAGAACUGCCCAAAGGGGAGAAGGGACUGGGAUUCAGCAUUCUGGAUUACCAGGACCCGUUGAGCCCAAACCAGAUGGUGAUAGUGAUCCGAAGCCUUGUCCACGGCGGCGUGGCGCAACAAGAUGAGCGCCUCGUGCCUGGACUCAUGUCCGUAAACAACGCCUUCAAUCUCGAGCACGCUAACCUGGAAACGGCCGUGCAGGCGCUGAAGGGAGCUCCGCCCGGCAUUGUGCGCAUCGGCGUGUCCAAACCACUGCCGGUUCCUGAGUCAUUCCAGGACGAAGAACCGUCCUUCUCACGACCACCCCCCGUGGUCCCCCCUCCCGAGCCCCGCUCCACACCCCCCCAGUCACCCAUCAUGGAGGAGACCUCCUCCUUCGCAUCUAUCACCAUGGCGACCGCUACCAUAGCGACGGUGACGGAGGAUGAGAGCGACAUGAUGGAGGCUAAGGAGCUUCAGGUGUCGCAGGUGGAACAGGUCCAAGCCCCAGGAGUGGAGGUCCGUCGCAGGCCCCCCACCCCACCUCCCAAACCAACCCUGCGGAAGGUGGAGGUGGUAGUGAAGGAGGCUGCCCCGCCCCCUGUACCCAUCGAACCUCCACCCGUCAUCAUCAGGGAGAAGUUGCUCGGAACGAACCAUCGGCCCCAGCGGGGGUCCUACGUGAUCCUGAAGCGCUGCGAGAUCGGAACCCAGACCAACAUAGAGGUCACCCCUAUGGGAGCACGAGAAAGCUCCCUCAAGGAAACCCAGGAGGUUGACAUCAGCUUUGGCAGCACCGGCAGCAGGUCAACGUCCUCUGAGACGUUGACCUCUGUGGGUGACCUGUCGUUGCCGGGCGGGGAACCCAGGCUGUUGCCGUCCUCUCUGGAGCAGACAGUGGAGAUCAACAAGGGGAACUCCAGCUUGGGUUUGACCGUGAACCCCGACAAAGAGGGGAACGGGAUCAUCGUAAAGAGCAUCACGCAUGGCGGCGCCAUCAGUAAGGACGGGCGUAUCACCGUGAGCGACGUGAUCACGGCUGUGAACGGAGAGAGCACCAAGGGGCUGAACAUCUACCAGGCCAAGGCUCUGCUGAGGAGGCAGUCUCUGCUGGGUGGGGACAUCAGGUUGAACGGAGAGAGCACCAAGGGGCUGAACAUCUACCAAGCCAAGGCUCUGCUCAGGAGGCAGUCACUACUGGGUGGGGACAUUAGAUCUACCAGGCCAAGGCUCUGCUCAGGAGGCAGUCUCUGCUGGGUGGGGACAUCAGGUGAGACUUUUGUUUGUUUGUUUGUUUAUGUAACCGUGGGCGACGUGAUCACGGCCGUGAACGGAGAGAGCACCAAGGGGCUGAACAUCUACCAGGCCAAGGCUCUACUCAGGAGGCAGUCUCUACUGGGUGGGGACAUCAGAGAUAAUGACAACAGCAGGUUCAUUCUAAGGAACUGUCACAGCAUCACCUUCAUCAAGGCAGAAGACAUUGCCACCUACAAGGAGACCGCAGCAGCGGCACAGACCAGUUUUACCACAUCGGUGGUCACCAGGACUCCUGAACCCAGCCGCCCUCCCCCACAACUCCCCACUGUCCCUCCCCCACCUACCAACCAGGAGAGCCCCAGCCAGGACAAGCCUUUCUUCAGUCCGUACCAGUCCCAGAAGAUACAGAAGAUGUCUCCUCCGGCCCACCUGAAGCCCUUCACGACCAUCUCACCCGCCAAGUCUGGGGAACCCACCAAGAUGGUACAGAUCUACAGGGAACCCAACCAGUCACUGGGCAUCAGUAUUGUAGGAGGGAAGUCGAUGGUAGUGAACCGUACAGAGGUGCAGUGUCAGGGAAUCUUCAUCAAACAUGUUCUGGAGGAAAGUCCAGCCGGCAAGGACGGAAACCUCAAGCCUGGGGACAGGGUGCUGGAGGUUGAUGGAAUGGACCUGCGCGAGGCCAGUCAUGACCAGGCGGUUGAGGUGGUGCGUAACGCUGGGAACCCUGUCUGCUUCCUCAUACACAGUGUUGAUGGCAUGGACCUGCGAGAGGCGAGUCAUGACCAGGCGGUUGAGGUGGUUGAUGGAAUGGACCUGCGCGAGGCCAGUCAUGACCAGGCGGUUGAGGUGGUUGAUGGAAUGGACCUGCGCGAGGCCAGUCAUGACCAGGCGGUUGAGGUGGUUGAUGGAAUGGACCUGCGAGAGGCGAGUCAUGACCAGGCGGUUGAGGUGGUUGAUGGCAUGGACCUGCGAGAGGCGAGUCAUGACCAGGCGGUUGAGGUGGUGCGUAACGCUGGGAACCCUGUCUGCUUCCUCAUACAGAGGCUGGCACCGUCCGGACAGGAGGCGCUAUCAGAUUCCAUGGAAAUAUCGCCCGGCCCAGUGCUAGAAGCCGGGGUAGAGCAACAAGUCGCUGAGGGUGCACCAGUCAUGCACUUCAGCUCGCCAACGUCCGAAGCCCCGCCUAGCAACGACGGCUCCAUCGUCACGGCAACCGCUGUCAUGGUGAACGAGUCGUCCGACAGUGAGGAAGAGGAUGAGUUUGGAUACACCUACAAGACAGUGCAGAAGCGGUACGGUGACCUGAACGGUGACCUCCACAUCGUAGAGCUGCAGAAGGGAGAGCGCGGGCUGGGCCUGAGUCUUGCCGGGAACCGAGACCGCACGCGCACCAGCGUCUUCGUGGUGGGGGUGGCUCCGGACGGGGCGGCAGCCGAGGACGGCCGGAUACAAGUGGGGGACGAACUCUUGGAGAUAAAUGGAGAGGUGUUGUACGGCAGGACUCACCACAGCGCCUCACAGGUCAUCAAGAGUAUCCCUCCUGGGGUGGUCAAGAUCGUCUUACUAAGGAAUGAAGAGGCUACUGAGUCCCUGUCCAUGUCUCCUAUCAGGUUCCUCACUACAUCAUCUGGAGAGUUCUACGGUUCCCCCUCUGACCCUGGGCAGGACGCCGUCGAGCGCCGCGUCAGCUCUUUCCUUUCUCCGGACUUUUCCAUCAGCCUCCUGGGACAGGAUGAGAAUUCUCACCCAGGCAGUCCUGUGCCUCCCAGUAUGGAGCCUACCAUGGUGAGUACCUUACACCAUAGUCCAUGGAUUCCAUGUUCAAAAACUCCUACAGGCCUGGGUUUUGCUAUAGGCGAGGGUCGGGACAUCAGUACAGGAGACCCGGGCAUCUUUGUCAAGAACAUCACGGACGGGGGCGCAGCACAUGAGGAUGGUCGUCUGCAGAUGGGAGACCAGAUCCUGGGGGUGGAUGACGAGUCACUGGUGGGGCUGUCAUACGAUCAGGCUGUUGGUAUCCUGAAGAAGACCCAGGGCACGGUUCGCCUGACGGUGUGCUCGGACAACCGGCGCUACAUCCCCACGGACCAGCCUUCGUUCAUCCAACCCACACAGGUCAACCAUGCACCGGUCACUCAGACUGGACUCGACCAGGCUCCUAUCGUGGACGAGAUCACAGGUUUGUUUGUCAACCACGCACCGGUCACACAGACUGGGCUGGACCAGGCUCCCAUCGUGGACGAGAUCACAGGUCAACCACGCACCGGCCACUCAGACUGGACUGGACCAGGCUCCCAUUCUGGACGAGAUCACAGGUCAACCACGCACCGGCCACUCAGACUGGACUGGACCAGGCUCCCAUUCUGGACGAGAUCACAGGUCUACCACGCACCGGUCACACAGACUGGGCUGGACCAGGCUCCCAUCGUGGACGAGAUCACAGUGUCGGGAGUACCCUAUGAAAAAGUUGAAGAAGACGUUGACCAGCUUGAGGAGUCCUCCCCACCCCAGGAGCACCCAGAUCACAUGGACCCGCGCACCUGUCCCAUCAUUCCCGGCCGCAUCACUGUCAUUGACAUAGAGAAGGGGAAGACUGGACUGGGACUCAGCAUCGUGGGGGGGUCGGACACGCUACUGGGUGCCAUUAUAAUCCAUGAGGUUUAUGAGGAGGGAGCAGCGGCGAAGGACAGCAGACUGUGGGCAGGGGACCAGAUACUGGAGGUGAAUGGAGAAGACUUAAGGAAUGCCACCCACGACCACGCCAUCAACGUUCUGCGCCAGACACCCUCGCGCGUGAGACUGAUCGUGUUUCGGGAUGAGAACCAGUAUAAAGAGGAGGACCUGUAUGACGUGUUCUCUGUCGAACUGGAGAAACGCAUCGGCAAGGGGCUCGGCCUCAGCAUUGUGGGAAGGAGGAAUGAUGUCGGCGUGUUCAUCUCGGAUGUAGUGAAGGGCGGAGUGGCGGAACAGGAUGGCCGCCUGAUGCAGGGGGACCAGAUCCUGAGUGUGAACGGGGAGGACAUGAGGAGCGCCACACAGGACAACGCUGCUGCUGUGCUCAAGACUCUGCCGACUUCCCCACGGAGGGGGUGCGUAUGGUGGAGAUGUACAAGGGGCCGCAGGACUCCCUGGGGGUGAGCAUCGCUGGGGGGGUGGGGAGCCCCCUGGGGGACGUCCCCAUCUUCAUCGCCAUGGUGCAGGCCAAUGGGGUGGCAGCGCAGACACAGAAACUCAGGGUUGGUGACCGCAUCCUGAGCAUUAAUGGACAGGCCCUGGAGGGGGUGACUCACGCACAGGCAGUCAACAUGCUUAUGCAGACCACAGGGAGGGUCGUGCUGGAGGUUUCCCAGGGUGAUGAGUUGGCAAACAUGGCGGGAGGAGAUGCUGCUCCGAGUGUUGCUAGUGUCAUGGCAACCAGUGCCGAGUCAUCCUCACCGCUCAACUUCAACGAUGACCUGGGAGGUCCAACCCAGUACAAGACCAUAGAGUUGGAGCGCGGUCCUGACGGACUGGGCUUCAGCAUCGUGGGGGGGCACGGCAGUCCGCACGGAGACCUCCCGAUCUACGUCAAGACCGUGUUCGCCAAGGGAGCGGCGGCGGAAGACGGGCGUCUCAAACGAGGCGACCAGAUCGUGGCUGUAAAUAACGAGCCGCUGGAAGGAGUUACCCACGAGGAAGCUGUGUCCAUCUUAAAGAAGUCCAAGGGCAAGAUUGUCUUGACUGUUCUGACUUAAGAUGAUGGGAAGGAAAAAAAAGGUCCCCAGUGCUUUAAGAAGGUGAAAUGAUGAUCUCAAAAUUUAAACCUUUUUUUAUUAAUUUGAGUCAAUCUUAAAGAAGUCUAAGGGCAAGAUUGUCUUGAGUAUGACUGUUCUGACUGAAGAUGCAGGGAAGGAGAUAGAAAAUGUCACCUGUGCUUUAAGAAGGGGAAAUGAUCAAAAUUUCAACUUUUUUUGAAAAUUUGAACAAAGAGGAUGUUUCCAUCUUAAAGGACUCUAAAUGCAAAAUUUGUCUUAAAGGUACUGAUCAUUACAUAUUAAAGAUGCAGAGAAGAAGGAAAAGUCACCAGUGCUUUAAGAAGGUGAAAUGAUCGAAAUUUGAACUUUCUCUUUAGUAAUAUAUUGAUGAGACGCUACAAUACCUGUGCCAACUAUGGUUACGUUAUAGCCUGAUAGAUUUGUUCUUUUUAAAAAAAGAAAGGCUUUUGAGAAGUACAACAAAUUUAAUGUUGUGACACGAAAUUUGACUAUGCACUGAACUAAAAGUUGUUGUCAUUUUUUAAAUGUCACCCAGUAUCAAACUAACUUACAGAUAAAUAGUGAAUCCAUGCAUUUGUGCAGUACGAUUUAAUCAGUGUUCACAGUAAUGCUAUAAUGAUAAAAGACACCGAUUUGAGUGUUUAAACAAAUAGUGUGAUAGUUUGGUGGAAGAAUGUGCCAAAUUGACAAGAGUUAAAAUAAGACGUGGAAUCAUUACAAACAUUAAUAUAACACUACAAACGUUACAUUUCUCACCUGUACUGUUUAUUUAAAUCUCAAGAAGACAAAUUGCAAGUUUUAAUCUUCCAGCUUGAGUUAAACAUUCCUAUAAAAUCUACUUUACUUUAGUGAUAUGUCAGAAGAUUUCAUCUAAUUUCAUAUAGCCACCUUUCAACUUCACAUAGUACAUUGUAUUACCACACUGUAGUGAUUCAUUCCAUAGAUGAAUAGCUUAUCAUAUAGCAGCUUCUUUUCAUACUUUAUGCCAAGGUGUUAAAAUUUGUUAUGAAUCGGCAUAAGAUGUAAAUGUUAUUUCCUGUGUGAACCCAAGAUGUAUGAAUUUCUUCAAAUUUUGAAAGUAUGGUUUCAAGAUACUCUUUGAUAAUACACGGUUAAGUGUUACCUGAAUACAGCAACACUCUUCUAAGUUGUAGCAAAGUCAGCGUGUCUUUUAGAAUAUAAGUAACCUGUAGCAAAGUUUAAGAUGCGAGUGAAAUUGUAGCAGUUUUAGACAUAUCAUCAGCAAAUAUGAAAGAAUAGUUAUUCUUCUUUGUAAGAUGGACUGCAAGAGGGUGACAAUAGUUGAAGUCGUUUUGCUAUAAACUUCUUUCUAUAGCAAACACGUGAAAGGAAUUCCAAGUGCCAUAAUUAGUUUAUGCUGAACGUUACCAUCAUCAGAAGUCUGUGUGUAACAAAUAUUUCAGAUGGAGUAGACAUUCCUACAUUUGAUAAGCUUGAGAGGUCUGUAUUGAUGAUACUGUACUGAUUGAGGUGGACACCUUUUGCAAUUGAACACCAUUGUUUACCUAAUUUCUUCUACAAUUAAUGUUACCUUAUUUUAAGAAGAAUAAGACUAUGUUAAUCAGAGCUUCAGUUUGCAAUACAAUCAUUUUACGAGAUAAGUAAGAACUUGUAGAGGUUGACGUAUAAGUUCUAAGUCCUCGUUGUUUUCAGUAUUAACUGGAUCACAAAUCAGUAUAACAAUGCAGCUACAGUGAAAGACAUUAGCUUCUAUAGUAGGCUUUUUGGUUGGGCUUUUCUUUUGCUUAGUACGUGUUGUUUUCUGAUUGCAUGUCAUUUUUGAUUGUUCUGUUUCUAACGGUCACUCUGUCUAAACAACUCUUACAGAGUCAUACAUACAACUGUUAGAAACUGGAAAAAGUAAGAACUGAUUGUACGAUCAUGAAACAUCACAAUGAUAAGCCAAUACUUGCACAGCCAAAAACCUGCUUUGGAAGCUGAAAUAACACAAUGAUGCACAUGUACAGCCAAAUCUGCCUAAGAAGACCUUUCAGGGGACUGUUAAAAUCUGGCCUAUGUGGACAGGUGGUCACUACAGACAUGAUUGUGCCAAUGGGAAUGAUUAUCUUUGUGACAACCAAAAAGAUCUUUCCAUUGGCCAGGUGGGCCUUACAUAAAGGUGGUCACUUGUACAGGUUUGACUGUAUAUCGAGUAUGCAAAAAUCUACAGACUGAUAAUGCUCUCUGCAAUUUGAAAUGUAGUUUUUAUCAUCUUCUCCCACUGCCUAUACUAAGCCUCAUAUGUUAUGAUGUGUUCAAGAUGUUUUCCAUUACACAAAUACUACCAUAAUUAUUAUAGUGUUAUGAUGAGAUGUACAUUUCCAAGAAGAAAAGAUAUGCAAAUGAUGUGUAACCACAGUGAAGUGACUGAUAGUAUGUUUAGAUAUUUAGCAAUAGAUAGUAGAAGCUAGAACUGCCUGCCUUCCUGCUUUUAUUGAAGACAGUAAGGUGGAAUGUACAACAGUUACUGUAGUUUGGUGGUAGUUUUCGUAAUUUUGUAACAGCGAUAGCAAAAUGGUAACAAACAGUAUUCGGUAGUUGUCAAUAAAGGCUUCCAAAAAGAUCUUGAUAAUUUGA